GCCCGUUAAAUCAGUACCCCAUCCAGAAGGAGCCGCAGAUGGAGGAUGGCGCACUCAAGCGACGGACAGCAGUAGCCGUUUCGGCCCCUGAUAACGAUGGAUGAUGACUGGGCCAUGGACUGGGUCUAAAUGGAACACUGUCCCGGGGGUAUGGGUAGGGAAUCCUCCUCAUUCCAUAUGCAUAAUGCAUUCAUUUGACAACUCUGACCGGGGCGAAGCGACGCGACCACCGAUCGGAGGAUCAGCAUCUGGCUGGACGGCUUCUAAUGCCUCUUUCAAAUGUGCCGCACUGCCUACGGGCUAUGCUCUGCUCCGCUCCGCUCAGCUCUUCUCCUGCUCCUUCACUAUUAAUUAGAAUGUAUGGCCGUUGUCUCUGUGCCCCAGCCCCUGCCCCUGCCUCCUUCCCCGCUCCCCUUUAUUUUUUGGCAUUUCAGAGUUAACGGCACGCGACAUUUUAAAUAUGUAUGAUGCCCUCCAUCCAUCGCGCUGGGCUCCUGUUUGGGGUUCUCGGACUGCCACUCGCCUCGUUUGCACCAGCGCAGAGGACUACGACUACCCUGAAGCAGCUGUUGAAAUUGAUGACUGCCCUGGCGUUCGGCAUUUGUGUCGAAUAUGCAGCACGGACGGGCAUGGGAUGCGGAUACUCGAGUACUCCUGGGCUUGUUAAGAUAAUGAACACUAUAGCUGGACUGCCUCCGAAUCUGGGAUACCCUAGCCAUCGCUUGUCAAAACUAAUGGAGGCCCAGAAUACGAUGAAACGGAAUAAUCUUCAAGCUGAUUUUCGCAUUAUACCGAUUCAUAUUCGAUAUGCGUACUCGUAA